UGUCAACUGGCCUUUCGGGUCAGGUGAUCUAAGAGCAGAAUAGGACAUUAACUAGUAGGACGCCGGUAUGACGUCACACACAGACAACGUUGUAGUAGCACUCGUUUGAUACUUCUACGAUUGUGUUGCCACUGGAGACAGCAUGCGAGGAACCAUGACUGACACGUUGCCAAUGAUGAGAAUUGGAGUUGUGGGAUAUGGACAUUUAGGGCAGUACCUUGUGGAGCGGCUCCAGAGAGAAGGGGCCCAUGUGGGCCUGACAUUGGUCUUUGUGUGGAACAGAAACACUGACAAACUCCGAGAAUCAGUGGCUGAGGAGCUGAUUCUACACAACCUCCCAGACUUUACAGACAGGGGUGCUGAUGUGAUUGUGGAGGUGUGUCAUCCCAAAAUUGUAAAAGACUUUGGAAUCCAGUUCCUCUCUAAGGCCCAUUUUCUGGUGGGCUCUCCCUCAGCCCUCUCAGACCCACAGUUGAACCAGAAAAUGCGCCAGGCUGCAGAGCAUCAUGGGAGGACCCUUUAUGUCCCCAGUGGUGCAUUGUGGGGAGGCCAGGACAUCCUGAGACUCAAUGAUAGUGGAUCUUUAAAGGCACUGUUCAUCCGGAUGUCCAAGCACCCGUCAUGUUUCCGUCUGACAGGAGACGUGCUGUCUGAUUGGACAGAGGAUGAGGGGAGGCGGGUCUUAUUCAGUGGCUCCGUGGCAGAGCUCUGUCCCGUCGCUCCUAACAACGUCAACACCAUGGCAGCAGCGGCCAUCGCAGCGGGGACCCUGGGUUUCGCUUGCGUCCAGGGAGAGAUUGUGUCGGACACGGCACUAAGUGAUUACCAUGUGGUGGAGGUGGAGGUCACUGGUGCCAAUGGCUUCACAGUGCAUACAGUGAGGAGGAACCCAGCCAAACUGGGAGCUGUAACUGGGAGUGCUACCUACAACUCCUUCUGGAGCAGCUUACUGGUUUGCAAGGGGCAUGGUGGCCGGGUUUACUUGUGUUGAAGAGGGAGGGAUUUCAGAAGACAAUUCCCUCUACCAACCAAACACACACUAUACAACAAUAUGGUACUGAAACACACUACACAACACUAUGGUACUGAAACACACUACACAACAAUAUGGUACUGAAACACACACUAUACAACAAUAUGGUACUGAAACACACUACACAACAAUAUGGUACUGAAACACACUACACAACAAUAUGGUACUGAAAAGUCUGCCGUGGCUGUCUGUAGAUGCUGAUCAUGUGUGUGAGCAAAGUUCGGCUUGCUUCAUAUAAUAUGGUGUGUAACUGUAUCAGGAUUUACAAAGGUGGGCUUGCUUCAUAUAAUAUGGUGUAACUGUAUCAGGAUUUACAAAGAUGGGCUUGCUUCAUAUAAUAUGGAGUAACUGUAUCAGGAUUUACAAAGAUGGGCUUGCUUCAUAUAAUAUGGUGUAGCUAUCAGGAUUUACAAAACCUUCAAGUAUGUACAGUUGAAGUCGGAAGUUUAGUUUACAUACACCUUCGUCAAAUACAGUUAAACUCAGUUUUUCACAAUU